CGGAGCAGAACCACUCCCCCGGAUCAACAAAUUUUGCCUGCAUCCACAUCAAAAUCAUUUAUUUCACCCCAAACUCACUGCGACCUUGUGAUUGUAUACCAAAACCAGAAUCAGAGCAAGUAUUUAUAAGUAUAUAUAAAAUCCUCUUGGCUGAUAUAUAUAUAGAUACAAAUAUACAAUGCAUGAUCCGUCACGCAGAGAGACUAGCAGUAGAGAGAAUCCGGGGGCUGGUGAGCAGAACAGAGACCACCACACCACACCACACCACGCCAUGGCUGCCACAAGCCUGAUGGUCUCCCUCCUCUUCGCGGCCGCCGCCGUCUGCGGCGCCGGCGGGGCGAGCACGGCGCUGGACGAGGUGUGCGGGGUCCUGGGCGGGUACUACGUGACGCCGGAGGCCUGCGCGUCGGCGCUCUGCCACGACCCCGCGUCGCCGUGCCGCGCCGCGCGCGACAAGGCCGCGGUGGCGGCGCUCGCGGCCAGGCUCGCGGCGGCGAACGCCACCGCGGCCAGGGACAGCGUCGCGGCCGCGGCGGCGUCGGCCGCGGAGCCCGCGGGCCUGCGGGCGUGCCUGCAGCUGUACACCGGCGCCGCGGCGGCGCUGGAGUGGGCGGCGGGGUCCGCGGCCGCGGGGCGGUACCCGGGCGCCCGGGAGGUGCUGCAGGCGGCGCAGUACGUGCCCGCCGGGUGCGACGGCGUGGCCGCCGGGGCGGCUGUGCCCGCGGAGAACGGCGGCUUCGACGCGAUGGCCACCGUCGCGCACGCCGUGCUCGCCUCCCUGUCCAAGGGCUACUGACCAUCUCUGCCUGUGCAUCGUCCAUGGCGUUGUACGUCAUGAUAAUUUCGUUGUAAUAAUAAUUAAGACGCUGGGACUGUAACAAUCACUCCGUGCAUGAUGUUGCCAUGGAAAUUGAUUGAUGGAUGGCACAGCUUGCAUCUGGCGACAAGCUUCAGAUCGAGUUCGUCCUGUCCUGUCGUGGCUCUCUCUAAAAAAAAAAAAGAGUUCGUCCUGUCGUUCAUGUCUUGCACGGCAUCAGAGUUUACCUGGGCCCUCUGACCAACAAAUUUGUACGGUUGAUCUUUGGCAAUCUUUGGAGGUCUGCUGUUUCGGCC